AUGCCCAACACAUUGGAUAACUCAUACAUAGCCAAUGGACCAUGGAAACCGGCCAUCUUCGAGGGCAAAGUUGCGUUUGUAACGGGUGGAGCCGGCACAAUUUGUCGCGUUCAGACUGAAGCACUUAUCUUACUCGGUUGCAAAGCAGUUAUUGUCGGUCGCAACAAGGAAAAAACACAGUUGGCUGCCAAAGAGAUGUCGAUACUGUCUCAAGUUCCUGACUCGGUUUUACCAAUUUACGGAGUUGACGUUCGUGAAUUUGAUCAACUGGAACGCGCAGUUGCUCUAACUGUGGAGAAAUUUGGAAGAAUCGAUUUUGUUAUUGCAGGCGCCGCUGGAAAUUUCAUAGCACCCUUCGAACAAUUGUCUGCUAACGCGUUCAAGUCCGUGGUCUCGAUUGACUUAUUGGGAAGCUUCAACACAGCCAAAGCUUGUCUCCCGUACCUCAAACUCAGCAAGGGCUCGAUUCUAUUCGUUUCUGCCACUUUUCACUACUAUGGCGUGCCAUUUCAAAGUCAUGUUGGUGCUGCCAAAGCGGGAAUUGACGCUCUUUCUAACGCACUUGCCGUCGAGCUCGGAAUUUCAGGAAUACGCAGCAACUGUAUAGCGCCGGGUGCAAUCGAAGGUACGGAAGGUAUUUCAAGGCUUUCUGGAGCAGUCUCGAAGGACCAAAUGUGCUCCAAGAUUCCGUUGCAACGUUUGGGUACCACAAAAGACAUAGCAGACACGACUGUUUUCCUGUUUUCAGAUGCAGCCAGAUAUGUUACUGGCACUGUGCACAUCGUUGACGGUGGAAUGUGGCACCUGGGCACUCAUUUCGGGCGGGAGAUGUACCCUCAAAAUCUAUUAGUAGAGGAUAAUGCUAAAUUAUGA